AUGGCAGUUGUAUCAACAACACUCUCGUUCCUUCAACUUGGAAUGCAAGGAGCCUCUGUUCUCUUGCCAGCCCUGAUUGUGCUGCGUUGCAUCUAUCGUCUAUUCUGGCACCCCUUGUCUGGCAUACCCGGGCCCAAGAUUGCAGCGUGCACAUCGCUCUGGCUGGCCUACCAUACCUUUGUUGGAGAUGAGAGCAGCGUCAUUUUUGAGUUGCACAGGAAAUAUGGUCGGACGCUACGUGUGGCACCCAAGGAUGUGGAUAUCGACGAUGGAGAUGCCGUAGAACCCAUCUACGCCGCCCAAGGUGGCUUUCCCAAGACCCCGCAAUAUUCGAAAUUUGAUAUCGAUGGCCACAACACUAUCUUUUCCGCCUUGACUUUGCCGGAGCGUGCUCGACGUGCAAAGGCAGUGUCGCCACUGUUCUCAACGGCAUCUAUCCGCAAUGCCAAUGCUACGCUGGACAAAGUUAUAGAUGAUUUCGUGCAGCGACUGCGUACCGACGGCCAGACUGGCGAGCCCGUGAAUUUGCUUAAUGCUGCUCGCAGCAUGGCCAUUGAUGCUAUCAGCGCGUAUCUCUUCCAGCAGCGAUACGGAGGCGUUGAGGAGAAAACAGAAAUCAUGUCCGCAUCGCCUUUUGUAGACGCCUUUGUUGGUGUUGGUGCAUUUUUCAACCUCUUCCCUGGUCCUGUUGGAGAUUUAGUCCAGAAACUGGCAGAUUAUUGGUGUGCAGACGCCAAAUCAAACACUGCCUUUGCACUUAUAGACAGUUUCACCAAGCAGCUCAUAGCCUCUUCCGUUCCCAAAAGCGGGAGCUAUCAGAGUCGGUUGCUGGAACAGGUUUCACCGCAGCAGUCACAAAUCGAACUGAAGGAUGCGUGUUUUGCAGGGACCGACUCGACAGGUACGAACACGGCAACGAUUAUAUGGUAUUUGACAAAAUAUCCCGACAUGUACUCUCGACUCUGCGAGGAAGUUCAUCAAAGAACUGCGCAAAAGGAAGACCCAAGCACAGGCCCGUAUUUACGUGGAGUAGUACGCGAAGGCCUUCGGCUUUCGUGGGCAAAUCCAACUCGACUACCUCGCGAGGUUCCCAAGGGCGGUUGGCAAUUCAAAGGCCGCUUUUAUCCUGAAGGAACCAGCGUCGGUGUCAGCACCACGCAGUUACACCUGGACGAGGCUGUAUUCCCAGAACCCCAAAGCUUUCUACCGGAGAGGUGGGAGAACGCCACAGUUGCAAUGCUGACCAAUUUCUUCGCAUUUGGCAAAGGCACCAGGACAUGCAUAGCUAAAAAUUUGGCUAUGGCCGAACUUACGCUGGCUACGUUGAAGGUAGCUCAAAGUGAUAUCCUCCGGGGUGCGGAGGUGGUUACUCAGCGUAUUGAGUUGAAGGAAUGGUUUAACUCGAGGAUCAAGGAUGAGGAAAUUAUUAUUAGAUUGGCGAAAUGAUAGUUAUUUGGGCUCCAUUGGAUACGUGCCCUUUGUUGUCUCAGCUUUCAGGUCGAGUGGAGAUGGAUGAUAGCGUCUACCUUGCAUAUUAUAUGCCCUAACCUGCUACCUCCAUCAAUCACCACCACAACUCAUCCUUUGAUUUUGAACAGUUUUACAUUGUUUAGUUUUGCCAUUGUAUUCAGUAGACAAAUAAAAUGUUCACGGUGUAGAUGAAAUAAAUGUACAUAGUGGAGGUGUUUAGGCGUGCUGUAUGUUCUAUAGAAGAGUCAACGCAGGGCGUCGGAGGUGCCGACAUCCACUGGAGUACAGCACAAUGAUGACAUGGU